AUUAUAUUAUCUUAUAACAAAACAUAUGCUUCAUUAGUCAAAAGGUAUUUAUGAUUCUCAAAAUGUCGGAAACUAGAAAUGAAAAUUUCACAAAUUCAGCAUCUGAUGAUGGCUUAUAUGACUUUAAAAUGCGGUUGAUGCGACCACCGCCAAAAUUUCUGGAUACGGGAUUUAGUGAAAAUUCUUUUGAAAACAAAAUAUUAAAACAUUCCUUUUUGCCAAGCGAAUUUUCAUCGAAUUGUAAAUUUGGAUCAAAGGUUUCAUUUGGAAUUGCAGCAAGACUUGAGAACACUUCGAACAACAAAGAAAGUAAAAAUGAAGAAACUGAAGAGAAAGUUUUCGUGGAGACUAAGAAAAUCAAAUCGGAGAAGCUUGAGGAAAACUCGAAGCCUUCUAAUGGAAAAAUAAAAACUGAAGAUGAAAACAAAUUCACCGACCCUGAUCAAAAGCCCCCUUUUUCGUAUGUGGCUUUGAUUGCCAUGGCCAUAAAAGAAUCGACCGAGAAACGCCUUACACUUAGUGGAAUUUACCAAUUUAUCAUCAGCAAAUUUCCAUAUUACGAGAAAAACAAAAAAGGCUGGCAGAACAGUAUUCGUCACAACUUGAGCUUAAAUGAAUGUUUUGUGAAAGUUCCUCGAGAGGGUGGUGGGGAGAGAAAGGGAAAUUUCUGGACACUGGAUCCAGCUUUUGAAGACAUGUUUGAGAAGGGAAAUUAUCGCCGACGUCGCAGAAUGAGGCGCCCGUACCGUGCCGCUCUAUCACUUCCAAAGCCCUUUUUUGCCCCAGAAACUCACUGUGGACCAUACAAUCAAUUUUCUCUAACCAAACCCUAUUUCUCGCCCCCGCCUUACUCGCAGUAUUCCCAAUACCCGAGCUGGGCUCAAGCUUUGGCUCAUAAUUCUUCACAAGGAAUGGCGAGUGCCAUGAAUCAAAUCAACAAUUACAGUUCUUGUACGCAGGGACGGGUACCUCCCCCGGGCGCCUCCAUCACACAGUGUAGCUACAAUGCCAUGCAGCAGGCCAUGCAGAUAUCCCCACCACAUGCCCCCACAUACACACAGCUGAAUGACUACCCAGCAGUCCCCACCCCAGGGACAGGAUUUCCCUUUGCCUACAGACAGCAGAGCGACACACUGAAUCAUAUGCAUUACACGUAUUGGAGCGACAGAUAAAUGAAAGAUAACAUGAGGAGGACCACCAAUAUGCAGAUCUCUGUAAAAAAAAAAAAAAAAAAAAGGUUGAUGAUAGUAUCAUUCUGAACACUGAUAGCAGAAAAAAAAACAUGUACAUAUAUCAUUGUGCCAUUCAUAAUUUAUUAUGUUCAUCUAUAUAUUCAGUUGAAUUAUUUAUUUGCAUAGAAAUACCCCUAUUGAAAUAAACAUGUGAAAUGACUAUGUAUCUACGUAUACGCUGUUAUGUUACAACUCUCUUUAACUUGGACA